AACUUAGAAUCACAAUUGGGAUCAGUUCUGUUGCUAAUCAAGGUGGUUGUUAAAUGAGUCAUGCCUGAUUUUAAAACCUUUUUGCCACGGUGGUUAAGUAAAUUACUGCAGUUAUUAAAUGAAUCACAUGGUUGUUGAAGAAAUCCAGCUUCGCUUGUUGACUUAGCUUUUGGAAAGUUGCAGUUUUACUGUAUGGAAUUCUGGGAGUUGAAGUCCAGAUGUCUUAAAGAUGCUGAGGUUGAGAAAUGUUGCCCUAAAUUGAACAAGGCUACUGCAAUAUUGUAGUGUGAUUUUUAGCCAAAAAUCCUCAGGGUGGAUUACAUUAGACAACAAAAGACAGCCCCGUCUGUGCAAGCUUGAACACUAAAAAAGAGAAAGCAAAAGAAGGCAUUUAAAGAGAGAAGCUCUCCAAAUGGAACUAGUAGCAGAGCGAGGAGUAAUAACUUCUCUGGCAGGACUAGUCAGUCUCAUAAUCUUUAGUUUUUUAAGGGGAUUUGGGAAACUGCAGGAUCUGCAAUGAAUAUGUUGAACAGUGGGGGACAAGAAUGGAGAGGGACCCCUACACACUGGGCACUGUUGCUUUGUUACGGUUUUUAUUUCCUUCCAAAUCCACUUGUGGGUUUUACAGUAUCUGCAAAACAGAUUUGCAUUUUACAUCAGCUGCUCGCCACAACUUCAGAGUCAUUUUGUAGCACUUGCAUUUCCACCCUGCUGGCAGCCCAAGGCCGCUCAUCGUGCCUGGGUGGGAUGUGAAAAGCCCACUGACUGGAAAGCGCUUCACUGUGUGUGGUGGGGUUUAUUACAUUUUUUGUCCAAGAACGAGAUCUCCUUUGAUUGGGGCAACCCUGGCUUAAUUCCCAGCAGCCAUUGGCACUGGAUCGAGCCACGGCAGAAGAGUAGAGAGGAGCAUGUUGUUGUCUUUGUAGUUCCACCUUCAUUAUGGCACAACCUCUGAUCUCAUGGACAGCGGAGCUGACAUCUCUGCUUCCAGGUCUGAGGGGCGUUCCGCUCUCUUUCGAGCGUACCUCCAGAAAAGGGGAGUUUCUGCCACAGACACACCCGAGUCUUUCACCAAGUGGAGGGCACUCCCUCUCUGUUUCCUUGUUGAACCGGCACUAUGGAAACGGCAUAGUUCUCCUCUCAGAAGGCAGCCUGUCACACUCAGAAGAGUAGUGCGGUUUGGCUACAGAAGCCCCCAAGGUGCCCCUCUGCCAGGGAGCUUUCUCAGACAAGCAGCCUGGGGUCUGCAGCCCAGGAGAGAUGGUCUCAAGUACUGUGGCAGUGGCACCCCUUGCCAAGAAUGUGGUGGUCUUUCGCAAUGGGGACCCCUUUUUCCUUGGCCGGAAAUUUGUUGUGAGCCAGCGCCGGUUCCUGACUUUUGAUGCCUUUUUGAAUGAGGUGACCAGCACCAUCCAAGCCCCCGUGGCCAUUAGGAGCAUCUACACACCUCGAGAGGGUCAUCGCAUUGCGGAGCUGAGUGAACUGCAGAACGGGUGCCGAUACGUGGCUGCAGGUUUUGAGCGGUUCAAAAGGCUUGACUAUGCAAAUGCUGGAAUGAAACAGCUGAACAAGCACCAGAAAAAAAAUGGAGCCCAGAAUUAUCCAGGUAUUCCUCAGAAGAUGAUGGUUACUGUAGGAUGGAAGCAGCAAACGAACCUUCCUUGUGUUAUCUACGUUUUCCGCAACGGAGACCUACUGAGCCCCCCCUUCCGAAUGGUCCUGGCCAGGAGCGCCCUGCAGGAAUGGGGCAUCGUCCUUGGGCGCUUGUCAGAAAAGGCAAACCUGUGCACUGGAGCGGUGAAGAAGCUCUGCAAGCUGAAUGGUGACCUCAUCUCCCAGGGGGAGGAACUGGUGAACGGCGAAUAUUAUGUGGCUGUGGGGCUGGAGAAAUACAAAGAUUUGCCUUAUUUUGAACUACUGGUGCCUCCCAAAAUCCCUCAUCGUCCCUUUCGGAACUUUCCUUCUAACAGAAGAAGGAUCUACAAUCGGGGGGUGGUCUGUGAAGACGGAGCCAGUGACUCGGCACUCCUUGAGCCAGCGCAACAGCUGAAACUUUGGCGGGUGCAUUCCACAGGGAUUGUGCCUGCAAGAGACCGUCCAAGUCCCUCUGAAUCCAAGCCAGCCAAGAAAUAUCCUCACCAAGACAAAGUGACAUCCAUCUUCCAUGCCAAGCCAUGCCAGGUUGGACAAGUGAACCAGGUCCCUGGCAACUAUUCUGCCCGAGAAAAUGAAAGUGUUUAUAAAAGGAGAGGGGCAAGGCAGGAGAUGGUGGAUGCGCAGGAAGUUGGAGAAGAUGAAGACACGCAGGUUGAAUUGCCUGUAGACCAGAAAGCUGCAGAGAUUGUGGAAGAGGAAGUUAUAUCAAAGACCAAAGGAGGGCCAUCCACGAAGGUAUUUCAGUGUCUGGCAAGGUAACGUCUUCACAGUAUAGAAGGGAGCAGGUUUGUUUCUUGGUUCUAUGCAAUUUAAGCCAGUCUAAGGAUUUUAACUCUGAGCUACACAUAGUCUCUUCUACUCAAGUGCAAUCUAUUCAGGAGAAAACAAACCAGACAUGGUGCACAUGCCAGCACAAGCUCUUCUCCGAGAUUGAGCAACGGCCUGCUCCCACAUCACCUGGGAGCUCCUUCCCAGAGCGCUCUAAAUACACAUGUUCAUCUGCCUUUGAAGUCAACAGACGUUCUGACAUUUUCAUUCCUUUUACAAUGACAAGACUUUCUCCUCUUCGUAGUGCUUGUGAGUUUGCAGCCACCGAGGAGAAGCUCUCCUGGAUCAGAGAAGUGCCUCUAAUGAAACAGGCCCAGCAAGGUUUGCCAGAGGGAAUAUCUUUAACCAAAUAUGUGGUAGUUUUGUGCAAUUUUUGUUUAUAGAAUUUAUUCUUACAAUAAAUGUAGAAACUCCA